GUCAGUCAGUCAGCCUCAGGUGGAGCUGCUGCUCACACUCUUACAGAGGGAUUAACAGAGGAUGAUCAUGAGGAUGACCUGACGGUAAGAAUACCUUAUCCAUUUGGUGCCAAAGGCCCGUUCUUGAGGGGAGCAUUUUUGACCCAAGGCCUCUAUGUGAAACGUCGCGAGUCAUGACCGACUUGUGGUUGAUUUCUAUCCCACUGGACAAGAAGAGUUUAACCAGCGUAGAGCAACUCAAGCACACCAUUGCCAAAACCAGCCGGGCCUCCUGCUGCAAGUUCUCCAUUCCAGAUCUCAAGUGUGAUCAAAAAAACAUGUCAGUGUAUGAGGGGUGUGAUGGAGCAUUCUACCGACAAAUUGAUGGAAAACGCUCUGGCAAAUGGAGACCAUGGCGUGAAUCAGAGAGCCGUCCUGUCACCACUGGAAAGUUACCUCACGUCACUGAGGGUGGACUUGAUGAGCUAUGUGACACAGUUUCAGUGGGACAAAGCCAAGUAUCCCACAGCUCUGCCUCUCCCUUGCCUGGCAGAUAUCAUCAACAAGUGGGUAUAAAGGUACCACCUGAUCCUGAGCUGUUGAGAGAAACAAGUCGAGACACUUGCGGGACUGUUUACAUCCGCCCGCACCUCCUCACCUCCUACCUGCGUGUGUGCCAGGAAGUGUCCCAGGUGGAGACGGAAUUGAAAUGUCGAGCUGCGGCGUAUAACAGUGUGAAAACAAGCUUGCAAACCCUUGAGCACAAACUAAGUGGGAAUUUGCAAACGCGCAGUCUAAAUGACAUUGUGAGAAAAGAAGACCUGGUGGUCUCAGAGUACCUCACCACUCUACUUGUAGUGGUUACCAGAGGGAGCUUCCUGCAGUGGGAGAGGACCUAUGAAUCCCUUUCAGAGUUUGUGGUUCCACGGUCGAGCAGGAAGCUGCAUGAGGACGGAGAGGGCGGAGUCUUCUCGGUUACACUCUUCAAAAGAGCCGUGUGUGAAUUCAAAGCCAAAGCCCAGGAGAGCAAGUUCACUGUGCGUGAGUACAGCUUUGAUCUGGAGGAGAAGACGCAGCAGGAGAGGCAGCGGCUUGGUGUUCACAAGAAGGAACAAUAUGGAAUCUUUGUGCGUUGGCUGAAGGUCAAUUUCAACGAGGUGUUUGUCGCCUGGAUUCACGUGAAAGCUCUGAGGGUGUUCGUGGAAUCAGUCCUCAGGUACGGGCUGCCUGUGAACUAUCAGGCUCUCCUGCUGCAGACCGACAGGAAGUGCUCAAAGAAACACAGAGAAGAACUGGCCUCGCUCUUCACGCACCUGGACCCAACCGCCACUGCCAGCAAGACAGACGUAAGCUGUGACAUCCCAGGACUCUGUCAGCAGGAGUACUUCUCCUACAUCUGCUUCGACAUCAACACCAAUGUGCUGGAGACCAGCUAGCGGUCAGCAAAGAGAGGACCCACACAGUGACCAAGCAAUGAGGGCCCUGCGUUGUAGCUCGAUAUCAACACCGACAUGCUGGGGAUCAGCAGGCUUGCAACGAGGGGCCCUGUGGCUCAUGCAGCACUUGUUCCAGACCAGUCACCCAGAGCUAAGAGCGUGAAGGCCCUCAGCACUAAAAUACAAUGAAUCGAGCAAAGAUUAUAACUUCAAAUGUCUUUUUAAUAUUUCUCUUGAGACAGGAGGAAUUGGCUGCGUCAGACGACGGUGUAAAUAAAUCACGUCAGGUUAACAGUGGAUGGAUUUGGGUUCUCUUCACCACAGUGUUGUCUACACACACAGAGUAAACUUUGUGCUGCUUGUGGAAUUAUGGAACCAUAUACAUGUAAUACCUUAAAAACGUAGUCCAGUGUUUUCUGUAUGUACUGUAAAUGUUUCUGUCAGCGCACAGCUUCAAGAAUUGCAUGUGAAUGCUGGAAAUUUUGAAGCCAUCACAGUCAUUACGUGGGAUUUCUUUAUGCACGGUUGCACAUUAAUCAACAAAACAGUAUAGAGCUGCAACUGUUUGUAUUUGUUUAGUAAUCGACCCAAGAAAAUGAAUCGCAGACAGAUUAAUCGAUUAUGACAAUAAUCGUUAAAUGCAGCCCUAAAACAGCA